UAAUACCUACAACUCCAAAUACUAGUCAACAUUAAGUACGAUAUCCGCGCGUGUUCAUCUACACAGGCAACAACCCACAGUAAUUGCUAAUCUCCUGCCCUUGGACCACCUCAAAGAUGCCUCAAUCGAAACACCGCGGCGGGGCCGCGUCCUCCAAGGAUUCUAAAUACGAUCUGGGUAAAAUUUCCGCUCGCGUUGAUCGCGUUCAUGUCAGCGGGCUGCUGCGGACCCACAACGACUAUGUGAUGAGGGCGGCGGACGGACUCUUCAAGGCGGACAACUUCCAGGACGUCAUGCUGGAGGCCAUGUCGACCAAGGCGUACCUGCACGAGCUGGGCAUCUUCAAGGAUGUGAGCGUGCACAUCGACGUCAGUCGCGGGGCAGAUGCCUCGCCCCAGGGCUAUGAAGUCACCUUCAAGGGCAACGAGUACUCCCGCAUGAUGGGCUCCGCCGGAACGGAGGUGGGCCAGAACGAGGGCUCCCUACGCACAGAGCUGACCGUCCCGAACAUCCUGGGCCGUGGCGAGAGCAUCUCCCUGCAGGGCAGCUACAGCAACACCAGGGCCAAUGAUCUGCAACUCAAGUUCUGGAAGCCCUUCUUUCACACCCGCUUUCGCGAGAAUCGACCCGAAUUCUCGUUCAGCAUAUUCAGGCAAACGGAUCGCUUCGACAUUAGCUCAUUUCAAUCCACAAAUGUGGGCUACUUGAUUGACUUCUCGGCCCACAGCAGCCUGGGAGUGGAUCUAACUCACUCGCUGCAGUACGAGAACUCGAUCAGAAACGUGGGUUUGCUGAACAAAUCCGUGCCAUUUGGCAUUCGGGAGCAUUGUGGGCCCAAACUGGCCUCACUGGUGCGCUACUCCGUGGUCUUUGACAAUCGGGAUGCCAAUGUCUUUGCCACGCGGGGUAUUCUACUGAAAUCCACCAACGAGUACUGCGGUCUGGGUGGCAACGUCGCCUACACCAGCAGCACAGCCCACGGAGAGGUGAAUGUGCCGCUCUUCUCUGGAUUUGUGGCGCAGUUCUGUGGACGCGUGGGCAUCGUCAAGGAGACCAAACAGACCACCUUGUUGCCCAUCAGUUCGCUCUUCUAUUGCGGCGGACCCAUGACAUUGCGAGGAUUCAAAUACGGCGGAGCUGGACCCGUGGUAGACGGCACACCGAUUGGGGCGCAGACCUACUGGUGCACGGGGGCGCAUCUGUGGGCGCCGCUGCCUUUUGCCGGCGUCUUCAAGAGCCUGGCCAGCAACUUUAGAACGCAUUUCUUCUACAACAUUGGAAACACCAAUACUUUUAGCUUAGAGAAUAUGCGUAGCGCCUUUGGCAUGGGUCUGGCCUUCAAGUUCGCCGAUCGGGCACGCAUCGAAAUCAACUACUGCAUCCCAGUGCGUCGCCAGGCCACCGACAAGGUGCUCAAUGGCUUCCAGUUUGGCAUCGGCUACGAGUUCAUCUAGAAAAUGUGUUCCUUCGACAAAUCCAUUGACUGGAUAUGUAGUGUCCCCCCCUCGCAACAGCAGAGAGCCCAUGAGAAUCCCCCAAAAUCCCACAAAAUGUAGCUUGUCUUGUCUUUCGAGAAGAUUUAUCCUGUUCUGUAUUUUUUGUCAAUGCAUUUUUCCUCCUAAAACAAAUUUAUUUGUAGUCCAGCAAACAUUUAAGUAGUUCCUAAGGCGCGUGUGUACAUACUUAAUAGCGAAACGAGAAACGAAGAAUAUACAAAAAUGUUUCAAGAA